GGGCGAGCCGGGGCCGCGCCGCCUCUGCCGCAGCCGCAGCGCCGGAGCCGAGAGCCGCCAGCGGGCGGGCGGGGCCCGCCGGACGCACAGGUGAAGCAGGAGCCAUAGAAGGAAGACCUUGUGGUUUGCAAUCAUGCCAUUCCCCUUUGGCAAGUCCCACAAGUCUCCUGCAGACAUAGUGAAAAACCUGAAGGAGAGCAUGGCAGUUUUAGAAAAACAAGACAUCUCUGACAAAAAGGCAGAAAAGGCUACGGAGGAGGUCUCAAAAAACCUUGUUGCCAUGAAAGAAAUCUUGUAUGGCACAAAUGAGAAAGAACCCCAAACAGAAGCUGUGGCACAGCUUGCUCAGGAGCUAUACAACAGUGGUCUUCUUAGUACCCUAGUAGCUGACUUGCAGCUCAUUGAUUUUGAGGGCAAGAAAGACGUUGCGCAAAUUUUCAACAACAUUCUCAGAAGACAAAUUGGUACAAGAACUCCCACAGUUGAAUACAUCUGCACUCAACAGAAUAUCUUAUUCAUGCUAUUAAAAGGGUACGAAUCUCCAGAAAUCGCUCUAAAUUGUGGGAUAAUGCUUAGAGAAUGCAUCCGGCAUGAACCACUAGCUAAAAUCAUCUUGUGGUCAGAACAAUUCUAUGACUUCUUCAGAUAUGUGGAAAUGUCAACGUUUGACAUCGCUUCUGAUGCAUUUGCCACGUUCAAGGAUUUGCUUACAAGACACAAGUUGUUAAGUGCAGAAUUUUUGGAACAGCAUUACGAUAGGUUCUUCAGUGAAUAUGAGAAGUUACUUCAUUCAGAAAAUUACGUGACAAAGAGACAGUCACUUAAGCUUCUCGGUGAAUUGUUACUGGACAGACACAACUUCACAAUUAUGACAAAGUACAUCAGUAAACCUGAAAAUCUCAAACUAAUGAUGAACCUUCUACGAGACAAGAGUCGUAACAUUCAGUUUGAGGCCUUCCAUGUGUUCAAGGUGUUUGUAGCCAAUCCUAACAAGACACAGCCUAUAUUAGACAUCCUUCUAAAGAACCAGACCAAACUUAUUGAGUUCCUCAGCAAGUUUCAGAAUGACAGGACCGAGGAUGAACAAUUUAAUGAUGAGAAGACCUAUUUAGUUAAACAGAUCAGGGAUUUGAAGAGACCAGCACAGCAAGAAGCUUAAACUCCAAUAAACCUUUAAAAUAUUAAACCCAAAUUCAGCAUUUGCUGUUAGAUAUUCAGCAUCAGGCACUCUUAUCGAUUCAUGAGGAACAUUACUGCUAAUCUGCUGUUCAGUGAACGGUUUUUGUUUUUCUCUUUUCAUUUUUAGUCCAAGUUGAGAAACAUAGCUGCUGCUUUCUUGCACAAUGUGGACUUUCUUGAUAUUUGUGUCAUUUCAGAAUUCAAAGACACUGCUUGUUUUAGGAGUCCUGAAAAGAAAGAUUCUAGGUUCGUGAAAGCAAACAUAUAGACACUAGUUUGGUCUAGGAGAGAUGGUAUUCAUGUAGUUAAGUAACAGGUUGCAUGCUUGCAAAUCUGAAUAAAUCUGUAUGUUUGCACUUACCUUGUUUGAGAUAAUGAGCACAAUGUGACCUGUGCAUACCUGGCACCAUAGUAUAAGAUUAUAUGCCUUGAUUAAAAAAAAAAAUGUGCAGUGCUUUAUUUGUAAUCAAAGGGGAAAUGUAUCUAAGAUGUGAGCUUAUUGGGAUAAACAGUUGUCUUGCAAAUAAACUGAUACUGAAACUUAGCAACUUUUAAAAGAGUGAAAUCUCAAGGUUCAUAAGGAAAAUGUAUAUAUGCCUUUCACUGCUUUAUAGAAUUUUUUGACAUUAUUUGAUUUUUCUGAGACUUGACUUGUAAACUUGGAAAUACGUACUAAGGUUUUUUGUUAAUUUUACUUUAAAGGUAUUUCAGACAGUAGACCUAGCAGUGACAUUUUGCAUUUCAUUUCAACAAUGCUUGCUGGUUUCUUUUGUAUAUAACUCCUAGGCUGCUCAUUUCUUUAAAAUAUGAUUUAAUUUGUACAGCAGAGGAAUGUUAUUGUAUUAGUCUGUAACUAUUACCUAAUAUUGAGUUUUGCAAAAUGAAUGCUCAUAUGUAAUUGAAUACUUCAGAUCACAUGGAAAUGCUGAUUUAACAAUUUAAGUACUGCAGCAUUUAAAAGGAAACAAAAACCCAAACCCAAACAAAUUCUUUGUAUUCACUUGUCUAAUGGGGUGCCAUCAAUUAGGGUAGGCUGAAACAGAGAACUGGAACCCUUUUACUACACUCUUACCAGAUAAUACUGGCCUUAUUUAAUUAAACUAGCAUUGCAUUCACCAGCUCUGCAAAUGGCAAGGAUUAUGUUAAAUUACUAUCGAUUCCUCUGACUUCUGGGGAGCCUGCAGUGCAUCAUUUCUUACAGUAAAUAACUCAGUACAAUAGUUGUGUAAGUGAUGAAUUCCCUCCGACCUCAAGAAACAAUUUCAUAGGUGUCCUAGGAUAACCAAAUGAUCUAAUUUUUCAUUGAUUUUGUUCUUUAAUGCUGCAAACUAUCAGUAUUUAUAAAAACAGAAAAACCAACUGAUUUUGCACCAUGUUUUUGUUACUGUGACCAUACAAAAGGAAUCUACUAAAUAUAGCUAAAUAAUGCUAUUAAAAUUGUAUCUAUCCAUCAUACAGUAAUGCUAAGAUCACAGCCAAGCAAAAACUUGUGGAUUGGGGUCUGAAAGUUCCAAUUCUGCAUGACUGAAUGAUUGCGAAUGCUACAGAAAAUGUUUGUUGCUUCCUGUCCUCUUCCCAUUUGAAAUAUUUUGCAAUCAGUGAUGUUUGAGCUGAUUUGAAAGCCUUCAGAAGGGAAAUCCAAGAGCUCCAGAAAAUUGAGUGUUUUCACUCGGUUGUUUAAAACUGCUCUUACCAUUAGAAUUGGUCUUUCAAAGGUUCAUAAUGUGUCCUUUGCAAACAGAAUCCUUUUGCUUACAGGAAAGAAAGUAGCUGACUCUCCACGGAGAUGCCAGGCAGAGCUGGCACUGAGGUGGUGUUGUAGUUCAGUACUAACAGUCUUAUAUUUUGGUUUAUCAUAGCUGAGUGGAGAAAAACAUUAUUUGCCAAGUUACUCACUAUAACAUGUAAGGCUUCCUCUUUAGAAAGACGUAGACGUGCUAAAGAUUUCUAUGUGUAAAGAAGUGAAAACAUUUGGACUGGGAUAGAGGUUACUCUAUAUUAGGCUUGGACUCAAUGGCUAUGGUGACUUUUUUAAUAUGUGGAAACAUUUGAAUGUUGGCUUUUGAAAAGAAAUUGUAUUUAAAUUAAAGCUCCUUCGAUGUGCUGUUCAUAUUAAAAAAACUUGUUCCGGAAGUGGUUUCUUAUCUGCUUGAAGGCUUAAGGGUAUUACUAAAACAUAUUUAAAUGCAAGCGGUUUUCCGUUUGGCUUUUUUUUCUCUUUUUUUUUUUCUUUUUUUUUUCUUUUUUUUUUUUUUUUUUAAGAGAUGUAUACAAUUGUAAUUCUAUUUCCGUGGUAGCAUUUCAUUUCUCCUGAGGAAAAUGCGUUUCGUAUCCAAAAAAUCUGGCUGGCCCCAUAAUUUAAAUUAAAAUAAAAUUUUGAAGAAAAAUGUGUGUUCUUUACUGUGUUACUGAAGAGGAUCAGUUUCUUGUGGAUGAGUAUCAGGUCUCCCUUACUGCCUUAGGGUGGCUCAGCUUUCUCCCUUUUAAAUAUAAAAUCAUUUUAAAUCACAAAAAACUCUGGCUUGCACAGACAUUUUUGAAGAAUUAAGAUGAAGUGCUGGAUUAAGGAUGCAGUCCGUUUUAAUUAGUUGUUGGUAGCUUCCCUUGCCUUGUAUUUUUAUUGCUGGUUCUAUUUCUUUUUGGCAUGACCAAGGGCAAAGAAGAGAUCCUAUAUCCUGCAUCCUGCUGGAGACAGGACCUGACAGGGUUGGUUGAUAAAUUUUUGGCCCUUCACUUCUCUCUGAUUUUCAGGAGCUGA